UCAUAAUCAUAAACAAACAUCCAGCACACGCCAUCGAUUCUCUUCAUAAUCACUCAUAAAACCUCCAUAAUUUCCUAAAUUCCUCUUCACCCUCAAUUAAAGAAACCCAGAAAAUCCUCAAAAACCUCAACUUUUCAACCCACAAAUACAAAUUGGAUCCAAAAAACCCAAAUUUGUCAUCGUAAUUCAUCCUACGUUUGCCACAGCGAUUUGGUAAUUAGGUUUAGUUUAUAUGGAGCGAAGAUGGUGGAUAUCUUUGCUGAUCGCAAUCUGUUUGUGUGUUGGUUCAUCUGGUAGAGGACUUGAAACCAAGCAAAAGGUUCAUUCACCACUUUACAAUCACACACUUGCCACAAUUCUGGUGGAAUAUGCUUCUGCGGUUUACAUUUCAGAUUUAACAGAUCUUUUUACAUGGACUUGUUCAAGAUGUAAUGGCCUGACCAAGGGUUUUGAAGUUAUAGAGCUUGUUGUUGAUGUUCAAAACUGCCUGCAGGCCUUUGUUGGGGUUGCAGAUGAUCUUGAUGCCAUUGUUAUAGCAUUUAGAGGCACUCAAGAAACCAGUAUACAGAAUUGGAUCGAGGACCUAUUCUGGAAACAGCUCGACUUCGAUUAUCCCGGGUGCACAGAUGGCAAGGUGCAUCAUGGGUUUUUUAACGCUUAUAACAAUACCAUUGUACGUUCGGGAAUUCUCGAUGGUGUUAGUAGAGCAAAAGAGAUAUACGGAGAUCUUAAAAUUAUGGUGACGGGGCAUUCAAUGGGCGGAGCGAUGGCCGCCUUUUGUGGAUUGGAUCUUGCGCUUAUUUACGGGUCCAAGAACGUUCAAGUUAUGACGUUUGGACAACCUAGAAUUGGCAAUGCUGCUUUUGCGACGUAUUACAGCGAAGUUGUACCGAAUACGUUUAGAGUGACGCAUGAACACGACAUGGUCCCACAUCUGCCUCCGUAUUAUCAGUUUUUCCCGCAGAAGACGUAUCAUCACUUCCCAAGAGAGGUGUGGCUCUAUAACAUUGGAUUAGGGUUUCUUAUCUAUGAAGUCGAGAAGAUCUGUGAUGAUUCUGGUGAAGACCCUGAUUGUAGCCGAUCGGUAUCUGGAAACAGUAUUACGGACCAUUUGACUUAUUUUGGUGUUGAGAUGGGGUGCGACACGUCAAGCAAAUGCAGGAUCGUGAUGGCUCCUAGUCUUGCUUCGUAUGGUAAAGUAGAUGAUUAUGGUAAUUUUGCGUUGUCGAGAGUUCCUUCUAAGUUUAUUUUGAAAAAGAAUGAAGGACCAGAAAUUAGCGACCAGUGAUUAUAUUAUGUUUGUUGGUUACGUGUGUUUUAGUUGGGUCGAUGUAAAUAUGGUAAGAAGUGUACAGUGACUAUGUAUUGACGAUAAACAUGUGUUGCAACUUACAAUACUUGUCUGGAUGCUAUGAACUAUCAUUGUUAGAGCAUUCACAUCAAUUCCACUAUAUUUUCACCCUAAA